AUGUUUUCACUGUCAGAGUUGGCGCCCCUGAAUCAGCAUCAGAGCCAGUCUAAACUGCUGAAGCCCUGGUGGGAGGUCUUCAUGGACUACCUGGUGGUCCUGAUGCUGAUGACGUCUGUCCUGGCUUGUACUGAGCAGCUCUCCAGGGACAGAGUUGUGUGCGUUGCCUCGGAUCCACCCGUCACCGCAAACACAAGUCAUCGCAAUCUCAACGUGGCGCCGACUCCGUCGUCAAAGCCUCCCACGGACAUUCCCCUCAACAUCAGUCCAAAUCUUCAACCUACAGCUCGGGGCCGACGCACACAUCUGGUCUACCAGCAAUACGUUUACAUUAGCCAGGUGUGCUACCAUGAAGCUUUGCCUUUGUGCUCCCGCUUCUUCCCCUACAUGGCCCUGCUGCAGUCUCUGGUGCUGGUGGCCAGCGGCUCCUUCUGGCUCCACUUCCCUCACACGUCUUCACGCAUCGAGCAGUUCCUGGCCAUCUUGGCAAAGUGCUGCGAGUCGCCCUGGACGUCUCAGGCCUUGUCCAACGCCGCCCGCCAGGAAAACAUCCAAGAGAGGAAAGACGAGGAGAGACGACCACACCAGUUUCUCCCCUCCUCAUACUCCUCUUCGCCCUCGGUGACCCGCACAAGGCGCUCGAGCAUAGACUCGGGCACAGACAGCCCUCUUCUGAAGAGGUCGGACAGCGCGUCCUUUGCUACGCCUCCAUCUCCUUGCCCUUCCACUGUUUCCUGUAACUCCACCGUGUCUUCUGUAUCUCUUGACUCCCGAGUCCACCUUCCUUCCUCCAAGCCCUCAGUCCUGGCUGACAGUCCCAGGCAGGUAAUCAGUCUGGAUAAAAGUGAUGGAGAGCAGGCCAGGGCGCUGUUUGAACGGGUCAGGAAAUUUAGGUCCCACUGCGAAAGCUCAUCUGUCAUUUAUAAGGUCUACUUGGCUCAGACAAUAUUCAAACUGCUGAUGGGAACGCUGAUCGUCAGCUACACCAUCCCUCUCCUCAGCUCCUUCUCCUUCAGCCACACCUGUCACCCCGAGGAGCAGCUCCUGGUGGGCUACGCUACCUUCGAGUGCAUCCACGUGCUCUCGUCGCUUCUACGCAAGCUGCUGGUGGCCUACCUGACCCUGCUGGGCCUGUAUGGUCUGCUUAACUUUUACACCCUCUGCUGGAUUUUACACAGCUCUCUGCGUCAGUAUUCCUUCCACUCACUGAAGGAUCUGUGCUCCCUCAGAGACGUUCCCGACCUGAGGAACGACCUGGCCUUUCUCAUACACAUGCUGGACCAGUACGACCCUUUGCUGGCCCAGCGUCUCUCCGUGUUCCUGUCCCCUGUCAGCGAGAGCCGGCUGCUGGAGGAAAGCUUGGAGAGGCGCUGGGGGGAGGAGAAGCUGCACGCCAUGACGGCGGUGGAUGCGGACGGCUGCUCCCGACUGCAGCUGGUGGCCCUUCCUCGCCUCCCUCCGGCCCUCUUCACCCUCAGCCAGCUUCAGGUCCUCAAACUGGAGCUCAUCACAGACGCCAGGUUUACUGCACAAGUGGCCAACAUGACGUCGCUCAGGGAGCUCCACCUCUACCACUGCACUGCGGCUGUGGACCCCAGCGCACUUGCUGUCCUCCAGGAACGUCUGGAGGUCCUCCAUCUCACCUUCACUCAUGCGUCAGAGAUCCCCAGCUGGGUCUUCUCCCUCCGCAGCCUGCACGAGCUCCACCUCUCUGGCCGAUUGAGCAGUGAAGGCGGGGUGGGCCGAAGCUGGGCACUGGGGAGCCUGCGCCAGCUACGUCACCUCCGCGUGCUGGUGAUUCGAGGCAUGUUACAGCGGAUCCCUGGCGAGCUGUAUGAGGUGGCCGGCAGUCUGGUGAGGCUGGAGGUCUACAAUGAAGGCACCAGGCUGCUUGUACUGACAGGCCUGAAGCGGGUGGUUGACCUGACAGAGCUCCAUCUGCAGGACUGCCAGCUGGAGCGUUUGCCCUCCGCCCUGCUCGCUCUGACCAACCUGCACACGCUCAACCUGCAGCACAACAACCUGAGAACUCUGGAGGAACUGCUGAGUCUGGCUCAUCUGCGGCGCCUUUCUUGCCUCAGACUUGCUUAUAACCGUGUUCUGGCCCUGCCGGCUAGCGUCGGGGUGCUUCGAGGCCUGGAGCUCCUGGAUCUGUCCAACAACCAGCUACAGAGCCUUCCCCCGGCACUCUUCACUCUCCGCUGCCUUCGUAGGCUCCUGCUGGCUGGCAACCUGCUGGAGGAGCUGCCCGCUGAUGUAAAGGCCCUGAAGCUGCUGUCAGAGCUGGACCUCAGUGGGAACAGGUUAGAGAGCCUGCCCGCUGAGCUCUUCAGCAACUGUUUGGAGCUGCGCACCCUGAACGUGGCUCACAACUCACUCAGUGUACUGCCCAGGGGGAUUGCAGCCUUGAGUCAGCUGUGCAGGUUGGACCUGCGCAGCAACAGUCUGGAAGAACUGCCGGCUGAGCUGGGCUGCUGCUCGGGGCUGCCUGGUGGGGGUCUCCUGGUGGAAAACUGGCUCUUUCUGUCUUUGCCUCCACAUGUUAGAGACUUCCUGAGCCAUUCUUGUGCCCCCACUGGUGCAUACUCAGAGAGUCAUUCCAGGCCAGAGUCGGACAGUUUCCCAUACUUCUCUCCUACACAGUGGAGCUUCUUUUCUGCUCUGGAGUCACAGAUUUAA